AUGCGUGAUUUUCAAGACGUGGUGCGACAUUGUUCACUCACGGAUUUAGGACAUCAUGGUCCACUAUAUACUUGGUGCAACAAGAGAGAUGAGGGUCUGAUUUGUAAGAAGUUGGAUCAUGUUUUAAUUAAUGAGCAUUGGGGAGAUUGCUUUCCACAUUCUUAUAGUGUUUUUGAGGCUGGCGGUUGUUCUGAUCAUGCCAGAGGUCGCAUUGUCCUGGAGGCAGUUGCAACGGGUGGUCGCAGACCUUUCAAAUUCGUUAAUGCUAUGGCUAAACUUCCACAAUUUCAUGAGGUUAUUUCCAACCAUUGGCAUGGCACGGUCCCACUAUUCCCUUCUACGUCUGUUAUGCAUCGCCUCUCCAAGAAGCUAAAAGACUUAAAAUCAAGUUUGCGUUCUUUGGGUAAAGAGAAGUUUGGUGAUCUAUCAAAACGGACAUGUGAGGCUCAUGAGACUCUUUGUCAAAAGCAAAUUGCAACUCUGGCUAGCCCGACUCCACAAGCGGUUGAAGAGGAGACAAAUGCUUAUUCUCUAUGGAGUCACCUUGCUGAGCUCGAGGAAGAUUAUCUAAAACAGAAAGCUAAGCUUCAUUAG